AUGGCGACGAACGGCAACUCCGGUCGAGGAUCGGGUAGCCUGGUCGGUGCAUCGGGCUACAAAUUUACUGAUAAGGAUACUAAGCCGGGGAAGAUGAAGGUUAAGAAGACGUCCAAGGUGUCGGCGAAGAAGAAGGCGGAUGAUUCCAAGGACGGUGUCCUCGAUACUUCGCCCACUUCCUCACCUCUGCCGAAGCUGGAUGACAAGAUCGCCGCGUCGUUUCCAACUGGUAAACCGCACCAGGAGGACCUGCUGGAAACCGUCAUCUGUAAGCAUUGCAAGCGACCUGUGCUGAAAUCCACUGCGCCGGAGCACAUCCGCGGCUGUCUGAAGGCGAAGCAAGAGAAAGCGCGCAAGAAGAAGGAGGCACGCGACGCAGCCAAUCGAGCGAAAGCUGGCGACGACGACGACGUUCGCGAAAAGGCGGAUAUCGGUGAUGACGUGAUGACGGGCCAGAAGAGCGCAAAGAAGAGCGCUGUCAAGGCUACCGAGGACAACAAGAAGGGCAAGAAGCGCAAGGCCGACGAGGACGACAAGGAGCCUAAGAAAAAGAAAAAGAAGGAUGAGCCCAAGGCCAAGUCAACCAAAGCUAAGGGUCCUGUGGAUGUUGAGAAGCAGUGCGGCGUUACAUUGCCCAAUGGUGCCCAAUGUGCUCGCUCUUUGACUUGCAAGAGUCAUUCCAUGGGUGCUAAGCGUGCGGUGCCUGGCCGGUCUCUACCCUAUGAUAUGCUGCUCCAACAGUACCAAAAGAAGAACCAGGCUCGUCAGCAAAAGGCUGCUAUCGAUGCCAAUGCACCGCUGCAAGAGGAUAUUGAAGUCAGCGGCCCAGUCGAUUCAGAUGAAGAGCGUGACACAGUCAUGGCUGCUAUCGCGCGCUCCAACCCAAAGCCUUUGGCCGAACACACCCUGAUCACCUCCAAAUCCAAGUACCGCUACGUACGGAUCAAGGAACAGAUGCUACACGCCAUGGGCGGACGAGCAGGCGGCGGGCUCUUCUCAACAGAAGACAGCCAACCUCUGUUCGGAGGGAGUAUCUUUCAAGCCUUCGAUCCCAACGUGGACGCAUCCUCAUCCCCAAUGCUCCCAGGCACAGACUCCGGGGAUGUCGACGGGUCCAGGAAAACCCCAGUACACGGCACACGCAAAACACCCGUGGCAGUGGCCUCGUGA